CAUGUCUUAUGAUACCUACGGGUCCUUUCCCAGCGACGAAGAACGCUUCGCCAUCCUCGACCGCGCCUACGAGCUAGGUGCUCGAAACUGGGAUAGCUCUGAUCUAUACGGCGACAAUGAAGAGCUCCUCGCAAAAUGGUUCAAGCGGACCGGCAAACGCGACGAGAUCUUCCUCGCGACCAAAUUCGGUUUCGUCAAAGGCAGCAAGAGCCUCGCGCUCGACAGCUCGGGCGAGUACUGCAAGAAGGCGUGUGCCGAGAGUUUGAGGGUGCUAGAGAUUGACUCUAUCGAUCUCUAUUACAUGCAUCAUGCGAACCCCAAGACGCCGAUUGAGGAGACGAUGCGUGCGUUAGUGGAAUUGAAGGCGGAGGGCAAGAUCAAACACAUCGGGCUGUCGGCUGUCUCGUCCGCAACACUGCGCCGCGCCGUGGUAAUCGGACCCGUGGCCGCGGUACAGAUGGAUUACUCACCGUUUGUACGGGAGAUCGAGAACGAAGCAGGCACCAACAUCUUAUCUACCUGUCGCGAACUCGGUAUCGCGGUUGUGGCCGCUAUGCCGUUGGGUCGUGGAAUGAUCACGUCCACUUUCGCGGCUGGUAAGCCAUUGGGCGACGAAAAGGACAAGCGACCGGCUGUCAUGCCGCGGUUCCAAGAGGGUAACCGGGAGAAAAAUAUCCAGGUUAUCAGCCAGUUCCAGGCGGUGGCUGAGAAGAAGGGGUGUACGGUGGCUCAACUAGCCAUCGCAUGGUUGCUCAAACAAGGUGACGAUGUGAUUCCGAUUCCGGGGACGAAGCAGUUGAAGUAUUUGGAGGAUAAUUGGGCGGCACUCGAUGUGAAGCUCGAGGAUGAGGAUGAGAAGGAGAUCAGACGCUUUUUAGAGUCGGCGGAGAUUGCGGGGACCGCGCUGCCACCGGCGUUUGCGAAUCAUGCGUACGUCGACACCGCUGAGGAGUCGUAAUUUGGUUUUGCGGGAACAAGUGUUGGGGGUUAUAGAAUGAGUGUCGUCUCAAUAAGCUCUUUCUUAGUGUUGAAAGUGCGAGAGCCUGUACCGAACUAGACACGAGCUUCACCUUAGAACAACAGUCUCCAUUUGGC